AUUGUUGAAUUUCGAGAUUAUUUUCGUUGUUUCCUUCUCUCUUCUUCCAGAAAACCAGUAACGAGAAGGACACUUUCACUCUAUCUCCCUCUAUCUCUCUCUCCAUUAUUCGUGCGUGUUCGCCUCCUUCUCCUCUAUUGGGCUUCCUCGCCUCUCUUUCACUCUGUCACUUCCCAGAACCAAGGAAACGAGGUGACGAUCAUUUUGCGUCAGAUACAUGUAUGUUUUAACCUAUUGAGCAAAAGUAAGUUAGAACAGUCAUGCAAAGAGAUAAUGGUACCGGAAGCCCAUCAGCCCCAAGGUCCCCAACUGCUCGACUUCGGCAUCGUAGACGCUCAGCUGAGGCUCUCCCGGAUGUUGGUAAAACAAAUGGAGGCAAUUUACUUGUUAAUGACCGUAAUAAAUACAGGUCAAUGUUGAUUCGUGCAUACUCUUCUGUUUGGAUGAUCGGAGGGUUUGCACUGAUUAUAUAUCUGGGCCAUCUCUGUAUCACUGCCAUGGUGGUGGUUAUCCAAAUCUUUAUGGCAAAGGAGCUGUUUAAUCUACUCAGGAAAGCUCAUGAAGAUAGGCACCUCCCAGGAUUCAGGCUGUUAAAUUGGCACUUUUUCUUCACUGCAAUGCUGUUUGUUUACGGUCGCAUACUCAGUCAACGGCUUGUCAACACUGUAACUUCAGAUAAAUUUUUAUAUCAGCUUGUGAGCAGUCUUAUCAAGUAUCAUAUGGUCGUCUGUUAUUUCUUGUACAUUGCAGGUUUUAUGUGGUUCAUUCUUACAUUGAAGAAGAAGAUGUACAAGUAUCAAUUUGGCCAGUAUGCAUGGACGCACAUGAUUCUAAUUACAGUGUUUACACAGUCAUCUUUCUUUGUAGCCAACAUUUUUGAAGGAAUUUUCUGGUUUCUUCUUCCAGCAUCACUUAUAGUAAUCAAUGACAUUGCUGCUUAUAUCUGCGGUUUCUUCUUUGGAAAAACCCCUCUGAUCAAGAUAUCUCCAAAGAAAACUUGGGAGGGAUUCAUUGGAGCAUCUAUUACAACUAUAAUAUCAGCAUUUUUGCUUGCAAAUAUCAUGGGUCGUUUCCAGUGGCUAACAUGUCCGAGAAAGGAUUUAUCAACUGGUUGGCUUGAUUGUGAUCCUGGUCCAUUGUUUAAGCCAGAAUAUUAUACCUUUCCAGAAUGGCUCCAACCAUGGUUUCCUUGGAAAGGGAUCUCGAUUUUGCCAGUUCAAUGGCAUGCUCUAUGUCUUGGGUUGUUUUCAUCAAUAAUAGCACCUUUCGGAGGUUUCUUUGCAAGUGGUUUCAAAAGAGCUUUUAAAGUCAAGGAUUUUGGAGACAGUAUCCCUGGACAUGGUGGAAUCACAGACAGAAUGGAUUGCCAGAUGGUAAUGGCUAUAUUUGCUUACAUCUAUCAUCAGUCGUUUAUUGUGCCUCAAAGCCUCUCAGUUGAAAUGAUCAUAGACCAGAUUUUGAUGAACCUCACCGUUGAGCAGCAGCAAGUUCUCUUUGAGAGGCUUAAACAAGUGUUACAGGAUAGGCUGGUUGGAUAAUCGUGUGAAUAACCUGUAUUUGUGUCAUCACUCCUCUCCCUUGCAUGUUUGUACAUGUUGGCACAGAGAGGGAACCCAAAAAAAAAAAAAUUAUAUUUUGUAAAUGGUGGUGUUCUGUUUUCGUAGAGCAACCCCAUUAGGUUGGAGGCAUUCUUCUGUGCGCAAACCCUGUAUAGUGUCUCUUUGUCUUUUAAUAUACAUGAACUCUAGAUGGAAGUGACCCUUCUUUUUCUCCCUCCCUCCCUCCCUCCCUCCCUCCCUUUGAUGCGCCUUUUGAUGGAUUGAUUAUUAGUUUAUAUGCCCACUGCAAAAAUGGGUGUUUUAUGACCAA